GCUAUCUGACACUGUAAACAAACGCCUGCUGGCAUCAAGGAGUGAACGAGGAUAAAUGAUCAGCUCGGGAGGAGACUAGUUAGCUAGCUAAAUUAGCUUGACAGGGUUUCCACUAGAUAGCGCACAGCCACAAAAUGGCUAUAUCGUAAAGAUUAAUGAAAACAUAAUUGGUGUUAAUGUAAGGUUAGGCGUACGGUUAGCCCUGUGGUUAAAGUUAGGUUUAAAUUCUCGUUUUAAGAAGAGACGUUUUAGAAAUAGGCGGGGUUUACGACUUUGUGACUGUAGUAACGACCGUUUGACGGAUUCCGAUCAAAAAAUGUCUUGGAGCCAGGUAUUCCACACCAGCUGCCUUGUGCUUCUGGUACAUCUGCUCUGCCUGGAGGCAGUGCCCAUCAGUCUGGACAAGACCAAGGUGAACCAGCCAGAGGACAAAGCCUCAGAGCCACCACCAAGUGUGGACACUGGACUCCACUAUGACCGUUAUCUCAGGGAAGUCAUUGAUUUUCUGGAAAAAGACCAGCAUUUCAGAGAGAAGCUCCAUAACACAGAUAUGGAGGACAUCAAGAUGGGGAAGCUGGCCAAAGAGCUGGACUUUGUCAGCCACCAUGUAAGGACACAACUGGACGAGCUAAAAAGGCAGGAGGUUAGCCGGCUACGGACACUGAUCAAAGCCAAGCAAGACAUUGAAGGAGGGAACGAUAUGGCAGUAGACCACCAAGCUCUGCUGAAACAGUUUGAGUACCUGAACCACAUGAAUCCUCACACCUUUGAAGUGGAGGAUCUGGACAGACUCAUCAAAUCAGCCACAAACGAUCUGGAGAACUAUGACAAGGAGCGCCAUGAGGAGUUCAAGAAGUAUGAGAUGACGAAAGACCAUGAGCGAAGGGAACACCUCAAGACUCUAGACGAUGAAGGGAGGAAGAAGGAGGAAGAACAUUACGAGGAGAUGAAGAAGAAACAUGCAGACCAUCCCAAAGUCAACCACCCAGGCAGCCAGAAUCAGUUCAAAGAGGUGUGGGAGGAAGCAGAUGGUCUUGACCCUGAAGAUUUUGACCCCAAGACCUUUUUCAAGCUGCAUGAUUCCAAUGGAGAUGGCUUCUUCGAUGAGCAGGAAUUGGAGGCAUUGUUUACGAAGGAGCUGGAGAAGAUCUAUGAUCCUACCAAUGAAGAGGACGAUAUGGUGGAGAUGGAGGAGGAGCGCCUGCGUAUGAGAGAGCACGUCAUGAACGAGGUGGACACCAACAAAGACAGACUGGUCUCCUUAGAAGAGUUCCUGAUUGCCACAAAGAAAAAGGAAUUCCUGGAACCAGAUAGUUGGGAGACCUUAGAGCAGAACCAGGCCUACACAGAUGAGGAGAUGAGGGAGUUUGAGGAGCACCUGACCCAGCAGGAAGAGGACCUCAAACAGAAAGCAUCAGACCUCCAGAAACAGAGGGAUGAGUUGGAGAGGCAACAGGAACAGCUCAACUCACAGAAAGUAGAGCUUCAGCAGGCAGUAGAACACAUGGAACGGUUGAAAACCCAGAAAGUUGAGCCCCCUCCAGAGGUUCAUGUAGAAGGGAAUGCUAUCCCAGAGCCACAAGGAGAGUACCAUCCUUUUCCCCUGGGCCACCAAGAUAUGUCCCAAAACCACCCGGGUAUGAAGCAAGACAACCACCUCCAGAACCAAAUACCCCACAACACCCAGGAUUUGUCCCAACCACGACUCCAAGAUCUGCCCCCAGGCCAUCAGGCAGUGCCAUAGGGCCAACAUUACUUACCAUAAGGCCCCCAUCAGAACCAGACCACUCAACCCCAGCUGCCAGAUAAAACUCUAUAGACAACACCUCUGGCUCCAUGGCCCCCCACCCACAGACCUUUACAGUACUUAUAUACCUCCAGUCCAGUGUGCAGAGGUCCCUCCAUAUGGGCAUGUGUACCCCGUUAUCCUGAAAGAGUUAACUGAAAACUGUUCACACUGCUAUGCUUUAUCUUGGCCAGGUCGCAGUUGCAAAUGAGAACUUGUUCUCAACCAGCCGACCUGGUUAAGUAAAGGUGAAAAAACAGCUGGAGAACACAGGUGUUUACAGUAUCUCUGCCCACUUGUGGAUAUCAAUUUGAGCCUCCAAGGCCUAGAAAUGUUUUCUACGUUUGCGGUCAGGGAAUUUGUGUUAUAGAGUGCAUAUAUGGUAUGUGAUGUAUUGGUCAUAAUUGAUUACCUAAAAUGCAGAGCUUUGGUGGAAUGGUUUUGGUUGUGUCAAUGUCUAUAUAUUUUGGAACAUUGUUUUUAAUUAGUGCUGUGUGAUGUCAUGACAAUUAGGCCUAAUAAUUGUCAGGUCACUUCACCUGAAUAAUGAUGUUGUGAAAUGUACGGAUUCCUGAAAAGGCUCCAUUUCAAAAGGCACUGAAAAUGGCAUUGGGAGCAUUAUGAACAGUAAAGACAACUGUCUCAUGGAACAGAAUAUAAUAUAAAAUACUUUCUUUUUUGUAUGGGUUCAUUCCUGUGUAUUAAAUGGCAUUAGCUUGGC